AUGUUGGAAUCUCUCUAUCUGUCGUAUUAUGAUAUUGAUGAAGUGGAAGCUAUGGUAGCAUUCCACGUACUGGGGAAGCUUCACAACCUGCGGGUACUGUGCUUGACUGCUGGGCACAAGCCAGUGUCUCCUCAUUUGAUUGCUCUGCCAUUCAGGAGCGGAAGCCUGUCAAAACUUGAAUAUCUUCAUUUGUCACAAAUCUCUGAUCUAGGAGAUGAUACAGUGAUAGCCAUCUCAACGGGGUGUCCUCAACUGCGAGAGCUGACAUUGAUUGAUUGUGGUGGGCUCACAGCUGCUGCCUUCCAGUUUAUCUAUUUACUCACAAAUCUGGAAAAGCUCGAAAUUGAAUCUUGUUGGAGCCUUGGUGAAGAAGCAGCUCACUACAUCUCUAUGGUGCCAGCAAUCCAUUAUAUGCAUUUCCAUACUAACCUAUGUGGUUCAGGAGAUAUGGGAAAAUGCUUUAAAUUUCCUCCCUCUCCAGGUUACUGCGAAGGGGUGACAAUAAAUACAUGGAGACUGUGUGGAUGAGAUGUGCACUCACAUGCCAGAGCUGCAAGCUGAAGAUAUCUGAG